GUCCCUGGUCUGACUUCCGUUCCAAUCUCAGUGGCAUUGGUGAUCGCUGGACGAAGAGUGCCUAGGGUAGUUGACCAAAAUGCCAAAUAUCAAAAUCUUCAGCGGCAGCUCGCACCAGGACUUAUCCCAGAAAAUUGCCGACCGCCUGGGCCUGGAGCUAAGCAAGGUCGUGACCAAGAAAUUCAGCAACCAGGAGACCUAUGUGGAAAUUGGCGAGAGUGUGCGUGGAGAGGAUGUCUACAUCGUGCAGAGUGGUUGUGGCGAAAUCAACGACAAUCUAAUGGAGCUUCUGAUCAUGAUUAAUGCCUGCAAGACUGCUUCAGCCAGCCGGGUUACCGCAGUCAUCCCAUGCUUCCCUUACGCCCGGCAGGAUAAGAGGGAUGAGAGCCGGGCCCCAAUCUCUGCCAAGCUUGUUGCAAAUAUGCUGACUAUAGCAGGCGCAGAUCAUAUCAGCGUGGACCUACAUGCUUCUCAAAUUCAAGGCUUUUUUGAUAUCCCAGUAGAUAAUUUGCGUGCAGAGCCAGCUGUCCUGAAGUGGAUAAGGGAGAAUAUCUCUGAGUGGAGGAACUGUGUUGUUGUCUCUCCAGACGCUGGUGGAGCUAAGCGAGUGACCUCCAUUGCAGACACGUUGAAUGUGGACUUUGCCUUGAUUCACGCAGAGAGGAAGAAAGCCAAUGAAGUGGACCGCAUGGUGCUGGUGGGAGAUGUGAAGGAUCGUGUGGCUAUCCUUGUGGAUAACAUAGCUGACACUUGUGGUACAAUUUGCCAUGCAGCUGACAAACUUCUCUCAGCUGGAGCCACCAGAAUUUAUGCCAUCUUGACUCAUGGAAUCUUCUCUGGCCCAGCCAUUACUCGCAUCAACAAUGCAUGCUUUGAAGCAGUAGUAGUCACGAAUACCAUACCUCAGGAGGAGAAGAUGAAGCAUUGCUCCAAAAUACAGGUGAUUGGCAUCGCCAUGAUCCUUGCGGAAGCCAUCAGGAGAACUCACAAUGGGGAAUCUGUUUCCUACCUAUUCAGCCAUGUCCCUUUAUAA